ACAGGACUCUGUGGAGUUCCUUAUAAUGCUAAAGAUAUUGAAUUCCAGUCUUUUGGAUCAAAACAGAAACUUGAAAAUAAUAAAGCUUUUGAAAUAUUUAGUUAUUCUUAUAUCUAUGUGUUUAUUUGAAUUGUUGCACAGGAUUUUAAAGUAAAAUUUGUACAAUUGUUGUUAAUUGAGUUAGUUUGAUCAGUUAUUCUUGAACAUGCUUGCAUAGAAGCUGUAAAAAUUUGUGAAUCAGUUUUCUAAAUUAUUGGAAUUCCAUAACUAUCAGACAAAACUAGAUAAAAGAGGAAGGAGUUUUACUCUAAUAGGAAUUCCUAUGUUGCAAUAGACAAAAUUAUAUUACUUCUGGAUUAGCUUAAUAUUAAAUAUUCUAAAGAACAUUUGGACUUUUACGAUCUAUCAUAUCAAUUACUAAGGAUAAGAAAGAAUAGUAAAUUAAUGCUAAGAUUCCAAUACUCAUUAGAACUCCAAAAGCAGUAUGAUAUUCAUUUUCUUUUUUGAUUUAUAAGUUAAUUUGAGAUCCAAACAUAUCUAUUGA